AUGGAUGUAUACAAUGCGUUCUUACAAGGUGGCCUAGUUGAGGAAGUCUAUAUGACACUACCUGAUGGUUUUUGUAUCCAGGGGGAGUCUAAGGGUAGUGAUAUAGCUAUUUUUUUGGUGUAUGUUGAUGAUCUUUUAAUCACUAGAAGUAGUGAAGUACUGAUAGCAGAACUAAAGCAUAUUUUGAAUAAGAAAUUCAAAAUGAAGGAUCUUGGAGAGUUGAAAUACUUUCUAGGAUUAGAGGUUCUAAGGUCAAAAGUUGGGAUUGUGUUGAAUCAAAGAAAGUAUGGUUUAGAGCUGAUUGAAGAAACUGGAGCAGGGGGAGCUAAACCAGCUAUGACUCCUCUAGAGCAAAACAAGAAACUUACUACAACUGAGUAUGAUGAAGCUAGACUUAUAGGCAUAUUAAUAUAUCUGACUCACACAAGACCGGAUAUCGUUUACGCAGUACAUUUCUUGAGUCAAUUCAUGCACAAACCAAAACAAUCACACCUUGAGGCUGCAUUGAGAGUGGUAAAAUACAUCAAGAAAAAUCCAGGGCAGGGGAUUUUACUAAGUGCAACAAGUGAGUGCAGGAUAUUUGCCUAUUGUGAUUCUGAUUGGGCUGUCUGUCCUAUGACCAGAAGGUAUGUUACUGGUUUUUGUGUUAAGCUUGGAAUGUCUCUGAUUUCUUGGAAGUCUAAGAAGCAUAAUACUGUUGCACGCUCUUCUGCAGAAGCAGAGUACAGAAGCAUGGUUGGAACGGCUGCAAAAAUAGUAUGGUUGAGGGGUUUAUUGGCAGAGAUGGGAUUGAAAAAUAUGGCACCAGCUAAGCUGAUGUGUGACAGUAAAGCGGCUUUACAAAUAGCAGCUAACCCAGUUUUCCAUGAGAGAACUAAACACAUUAAGAUAGACUGCCACUUUGUCAGAGAAAAUAUUCAAGAAGGCUUGAUACAGACCGAACACAUCAAGACGGGGGAGCAACAAGCAGAUCUAAUGACCAAAGCCUUGGGUGUACAUCAACAUGAAUAUAUAGUUUCCAAGUUGGGGUUUAAAGAUGUCUUUGCAACCACCAACUUGAGGGGGAGGGAAGAAACUGUUAACUAA